AUGUCAAGCGGACAGCAGUGCUGCGAUGGGAAUAUUUGUGAAACGACGACAACGACGACAGCAGUAACAUCAACAAAGACAUCAGGAACGACGUCGGGGACGAUUUCUGCUCCCUCAUCUACCAUAAACACCUCAGAAUCGGCUACUAGUACCCGGUCAUCAUUGGGCUCUACAUCAUACAGCACAUCCGGACGACCAACUACGACUGGGGGAACUGCUCCCACCUCUCUUCCCACGGACAGCACCUCGGACAGCAUCUCGGACAUCAUCCGGACCGCCAUCCCUACCUCGGCACAGACCGAGCCCACCGCGCUCUGCUUUCUAACUGCUACCGGAGAUUCGGUGUACACCACACCUGAUUGGUAUACGGCAUUGCCCAGCGAGCUCCAGAGCUAUUACUCUUCAGUCAAUGCCGGCGCAUCCCUUUCAAGCUACUGCACCGCGGCGCCUACUUCCCCAGGUGGUUCCCACGGGGCGCCAGGCUCCUCUCUAUCCAAAGGUGGGAAAGUAGGCGUGGCGGUCGCCGUCGCUCUGGGUGUUCUCAUAUUCCUCGCCGCGAAGACGGGCCUGGUGGCUAGAUGGUGUGCCUUGUGCGGCGUAGGCGCGGCUGCGGCUGAGGAACGAAGCACGCCUGUGAUACCUACCGCGAGCAGGCUGGGCUCAGAAAUGCUCCGUAUGGGCGGUUCUGGUCGCUACCGGACAGGAGUGUCUGAAAUAAUAUCUGGGGACGGCCGCAAUUUGAUGAGGGGCGGCGCAGGAGGAAGCGUGCCGCCCUCGCCGCCGGUGCGCGAUCCCCCGGCGGUGCCCACUGCCGUGACAUAUGUGUCAAAAAGCGAUGAGGAGGUGAAAGGGGUAGAAUCGCAUCAUGCCAGCAUCAUGACGGUGUCGUCAUUAGAAAGCGACUCGGCCCAUGAGCUUGCCGUCAUGCCGUCGCCUCCAUCAGAUACGAGGUCCGGUAAAGAAAAGGCGUAA